CUCCCUCUUGGCUGAUAACGCCUUCGAACCCCUCCUCUUGCUGUUCGUUUGUUCCCAACACUCCCUCGUCCGUCUUUGCGCCGUCACCACAAAACACUCCUUUUGAAAGCCUCAAAUCAAGUCCAGAUUACGUCAUGGCACCCGUCGGAACUGUUCUCAUCACCGGUGGUACCGGCUACAUCGGCUCCUUCACCUCGCUGGCGCUUCUCGAGAACGGCUACGAUGUCGUGAUUGUCGAUAACCUCUACAACUCCUCCGAGGUGGCCCUCGACCGCAUUGAGCUCAUCUGCGGCAAGCGGCCCAAGUUCUACAAGGAGGACAUCACAGACAAGCCUGCCCUCGACAAGAUCUUCCAGGAGAACCCGGCCAUCGACAGUGUUAUCCACUUCGCGGCCCUCAAGGCUGUCGGCGAGUCUGGCGAGAUCCCACUCGAGUACUACCGCGUCAAUGUCGGCGGCAGCAUCUCUCUGCUGCGCUCCAUGAGCGAGAACAAUGUCACCAACAUCGUCUUUUCGUCCUCAGCCACCGUCUACGGCGACGCCACCCGCUUCCCCAACAUGAUUCCCAUCCCAGAAAACUGCCCGACCGGUCCCACCAAUACCUACGGCCGCACCAAGUCCAUGAUCGAGAACGUCAUCGAGGACCACAUCAAUGCCCAGCGCACCGUGCUGAAGAAGGCCGGCAAGCCCUAUGAGCAGUGGAACGGCGCGAACCUGCGCUACUUCAACCCCUGCGGCGCCCACCCGUCGGGCAUCAUGGGCGAGGACCCCCAGGGCGUGCCCUACAAUCUGCUCCCUCUGCUGGGCCAGGUCGCCACCGGCCAGCGCGAGAAGCUGCUCGUCUUUGGCGAGGACUAUGCCUCGCGUGACGGCACCGCCAUCCGCGACUACAUCCACGUGUGCGACCUGGCCAAGGGCCACCUGGUCGCGCUCAACUACCUGCGCGAGCACAAGCCCGGCGUCAAGGCGUGGAACCUGGGCUCCGGCCGCGGCAGCACCGUCUUCGAGAUCAUCAAGGCCUUUAGCUCCGUCGUCGGCCGCGACCUGCCCUACCAGGUCGUCGAGCGCCGACAGGGCGACGUCCUCGAUCUCACGGCCAACCCGUCCCUGGCCAACAAGGAGCUCAACUGGAAGACCGAGCUGAGCAUGGAGGAUGCCUGCGCCGACCUGUGGCGGUGGGUCAGCAACAACCCCAAGGGUUACCGCCAGGAUCCUCCCGCCGAGAUUCUGGCGGCCCUCAAGAAGAAUUGA